AUGUCCAGAGCCUCUCUCCUUCUCUUGCUCUUCCUCUCCCUCCUCCCCGUCCUUGCCCUUGGGCAGGAGGUCAAGUUCGUCUACAACGGUUUCUCCGGCGGUGGCGCCGCCGCAGUCAACAACAACCACAACAUAAGCUUGAAUGGGAUUGCGGAGGUAGAAGGCGGGGGGUUCGUUCGGCUUACGAAUGAGACCAGCCGGCUUAUCGGUCGCGCCUUCUACCCCCUCCCCGUCCGGUUCCGGAACGCCACCGACGGGUCCGUCUUCUCCUUCUCCACGGCCUUCGCGUUCGCCAUCGUUCCCGAGUACCCGAAGCUCGGGGGCCACGGCCUCGCCUUCACCGUUGCCCCGACCAAGGAGCUCCACGGCGGUCUCCCGAGCCAGUACCUGGGGCUCCUCAACGCCAGCGACGUCGGCAACUCCAGUAAUCACGUCUUCGCUGUCGAAUUUGACACCGUGCAGGACUUCGAGUUCGGGGACAUCAACGAUAACCACGUCGGCGUCGACAUCAACGAUAUGAGAUCCAAUGCCUCCGCCACCGCCGCGUACUAUGACAAGGACGGCAAGCAGGACCUGAACCUCAAAGGCGGGCAUGCGGUCCAGGCCUGGAUCGACUACGACGGCGUGGCCAAGCUGCUCAAUGUCACCGUCUCCCCCUUCUCCUGGAAGCCCACAACUCCGAUCAUCUCUUUCCCCGUCGAUCUCUCCUCUGUCCUCUUGGAAGAGAUGUUCGUGGGCAUCUCGAGCUCCACGGGGCUCCUCUCUAGCUCUCAUUACCUCUUCGGCUGGAGCUUUAGUAUGAAUGGGCUCGCCCCAUCCCUCGAUCUCUCCACCUUGCCUUCCCUUCCUAAGCCAAAGAAGAAAACCCACUCCUUGGCUAUUUCGACCUCCGUCGCCGCUUUCGUCCUGCUCGUCGUCGCCGUCAUCGGUGGCGCCUACCUCUUCUACCGGAUCAAGAACGCCGACGUGAUCGAGCCGUGGGAGCUGCAAUACGGGCCGCACCGAUUCUGCUACGAGGAGCUGAAGAGGGCGACCAAAGGAUUCCGAGACAAGGAGCUACUAGGUUUCGGAGGAUUCGGAAAGGUUUACAAGGGUGUCCUCCCCAGCACCAAGGCCGAGGUCGCCGUCAAGCGUGUUUCCCAUGAAUCGAAGCAGGGAAUCCGGGAGUUCGUGGCGGAGAUCGCUAGCAUCGGGCGGCUCCGCCAUCGGAACCUCGUCCAGCUGCAGGGCUGGUGCCGGCGGCGAGGGGAUCUCCUGCUCGUCUACGAUUACAUGCCCAACGGCAGUCUCGACAAGUAUCUCUUCGACAACCCUCCGAAAGUGGUUCUAUCUUGGAACCAGAGGUUGAGGAUAAUCCGCGGCGUGGCGGCGGCGCUGGUCUACCUGCACGAGGAGUGGGAAAGCGUGGUGAUCCACAGAGACGUCAAGGCCAGCAACGUCCUGCUCGACGCCGACAUGAACGGGCGGCUGGGGGACUUCGGCAUGGCAAAGCUCCACGAGCACGGGGGCAACCCCAGCACCACGAGGGUCGUCGGCACCCUCGGCUAUCUCGCCCCCGAGCUUACCCGCACCGGGAAGGCCACCACCAGCGCCGACGUAUUCGCCUUCGGCGCGAUGAUGCUGGAGGUGGUCUGCGGCCGGCGGCCCAUAGAGCCCAAGGCGUUGCCGGAGGAGCUCAUACUGGUCGACUGGGUCUGGGAGCUCUGGUUGGCCGGGAGGGUGUCUGAGGCGGUGGACCACCGGUUCUGCGGCGACUACGCGGAGGAGGAGGUGAACACUGUCGUGAGGGUGGCGCUGAUGUGCUCUCACCCCACCGCCUCCGAACGGCCGACGAUGAGGGACGUCGUGCGGUAUCUCGACGGAGACGCCGAUAUGCCAGAGUUGCGGAGCCCUCUGCCGAACGAAGACCGCUUGAGCCCGGUGGCGUUCGACGACUUCGUCCACUCUUAUCCAUCGUCCUCCUUUGAGAAGGUGUCGUCGUAG